GUGUUUUCAAAUUGUGUGGAAGUACAGACAUGUGGGUGUGAGAGGAGGGAAUUAAAUGUGUGUGUCCUACAGAGUGUGAAUUUGAGGAUUGGCAAGUGAAAGUAUAGUGACACGAGUUUAAGUGUGAGUGAUUGUGUGUGUGUGUGUGUGUGUAGACAAACAAUGGCCUUAACUCGCCUUUUUCCUCUGCUCUCCCUCCUCCUCCUCUUCAUCCCUCUCUCCACACUGGGACAACGCUACCGGAAUUAUCAACAACUCCAACAAAAACAACAACAACAACUUCAUCUUGGCAACUACGAAAGUUUCAGCCCCACCUGCCAGCUCGGGAGAGAGGGGGAGCUGCUGUGUGACCAGUGCCAGCCCGGGUACACAGGACCACGCUGUGACAGAUGUUCCAACGGAUUCUUCGGCCGGCCCUCUGAGCCCGGGGGAUCCUGUCAGCCCUGCGAUUGCCAUGACAACCUGGACCUGUCCAUACCCGGCAGCUGCGAUCCGAUCACGGGCCAGUGUCUGCUCUGUCGUCAAGGUUACGGCGGCUCGUCUUGCGACAGUUGCGCUGACGGUUACCACGGAGACGCGAUCACAGCGAAAAACUGCCAACGUGAGUAA